UAUAAGAAUUAGGUUCACCACUUCCUAGAAAGCUAGCCACAUUUGAUGGUUCAAAAACCUUUGAAUUUGCAAUUGAUACAAUCAUAUUUUGAGUGUCAAAUCGAUAACAAAUCUGUUAUUCGGAUAGUUGUUGGGUGCAAACCUACAUUUUAAUUAUUGUAUAAAUAUUAAAUGAAAUUAAAUUCGUAAUAUGCUUACAUUUUUAUCGUUUCUCACACAAACGAAAUGGCAGCAAAAUAAUCAUAUAUUUCGACGAUUGUGUUUGCGCUACUUCGGAUUUCAUCGAUGUGGAUGUGAUCUUCUUCGAAUUGUUACGCUCCAACUUCAAAUUGGAUUCUUAUAGCCCAAGAGCACAGCAAUGAUUCAGCUCAAUCUUCAACUUCAGCAGAAGCAGUUUAUCACAGUGCCCAAAUUCCACGGCGGUUUAGUCGACUCACCUUUGGACUUUGGAAGAAGCCAAUUUCUCGAUUGUUGCUCUACAGAGCGACGGACAAUUCAGCUGGAACUUGGGAAGCCCGAAGAGAAAAGGAAGGGCGAGAAGCGUGUUAAUGGCAUAUUCUGGAUUCUCUUGAUCAAUACUGGGAUAUAUGUGGCUGAUCACGUCUUCCAGGUUCCGUUGAUUAAGGAACUGUACAGUCUGUCAUUUCAACUGGUAAGGCUGCUUAUUCUCUCAUAUUUUUACAUGUGGAAUUUGAGAUUAUACUCAGCAAGUGUUUUUGCUUGUAGGAGCCAUCUAUCGAGCAAUCUGUUUUUCUUGUAUAUUUUUGGAAAACUCGUUGAAGAAGAAGAGGGAAACUUUGCUUUGUGGCUUUCCUAUAUCUUGACAGGUGCAGGGGCGAACCUUGUUUCAUGGUUAGUUCUUCCAAGAAAUACUGUUUCCAUCGGGGCAUCUGGUGCAGUAUUUGGACUCUUUGCUAUUAGUGUCCUCGUGAAGAUGUCGUGGGACUGGAGGAAGAUCCUUGAAGUUCUUAUACUGGGGCAAUUCGUGGUAGAAAAGGUGAUGGAAGCAGCCCAAGCUUCGGCUAGAAUAGGUGGAAGCUUCCGAGGAGGCGGGUAUGCCAUGCAGAACGUAAACCAUAUUGCGCAUCUCUCGGGCGCUCUCAUCGGUGUGGUUCUAAUCUGGCUGCUCAGUAGUGUUCCCACACCAACUGACGAGAAAUAGGGCUUCUUUUUUUGAAGAUGAAACUCAGCACUGGUUUACUGUUAUGCCCUUUGCUCAAGAAUCCGGUAGCAUGAUUGAUCAGGGUGGUUUUGUCGUUGUAUGCUGCAAACUGAUGACAAGGUAGUAGUGAAGUAGUCUAUGUAGCAUAGGUUAUUGAUGUAAUUUAUCUCAUGGCAUUUUCUUGAUUAUAUACACUCCAUUUUUUUCAAUUUACUUGUUUUUUAAGUCUGGAGAAA